AUGGACUACUUCGUUGAUUUUAUUAAUGAGGUCCCUGACGAAACGCUCACUUUUGGUGUAUACCAAACGUUCCCAAAUACUCCCGGAAUUGAUUCAGUUGCUUGGUUAAGAGCUGAUGUCCCCGAGAGUGGCACGGCUGGAGUAAAAUUUACUGAAACUUAUUGUGUCGUAAACGCAGACUAUUACGAUGAUGAUGCAAAAGGGAGAUAUAAAGCUAGCCAAAUCCUCGAUACUCAACUUGGAACUGCUUGGUCUCUUAUUGACAAAGACACUAUAUCGCAAUUCGAUAAGAAAUCAGUCGGCUCUUCAAACGCGAGUAAUCUUAUUGUCAUAAGAAACAAUUCCAAGACAACUGCCUCACUUGGUAUUGGAAUGUCAGGGAAAUUAUCAGCAAUCAAAAGAAAAGUAUAUGUUGGUGCUACAGCAGCAUUCAAAGUAACUCCAGUAAUCUAUGUCGGAGUUUUCACAGAUCUUGAAGUUGGAGAGGUUAUUACUGAUGAUGUAAUCUUAUCUAACUCAAAAAUUGUCUUUGACGGAAAUAACGUGGCCACCAUCAGAGCUUAUCUCAAAGGACAUCAAUUUAAACUUGACGUCACUUAUGGCAAUCGUGCAACCGCUAGCCUUUAA